AUGGCAUCCCCCGACAGUUCACGACCACCACAGGAGGGCGCAGGCGAGUCCACACCCCUGGCUGCCCAGCUGGCGUCCGCUAUGGAGAGGCCCCGUACGCCGACAAGAGGUCGCGACGCGGGACCAAACGGGGUCGCCGGUGCUCCGAAUGGCAAAUCCGGUGCACCCGGUGCGCCCCACGGACCCCUCACGCCGUCAAGGGCUGUCGCGAAGAAGGCGCCGACGGCAACCACGCCGCGCGUCAAGAAGAAGGUGCCAUGGAAGGGGAAGAGUGUUAUGGUGCUUCUUCCUCGAGAUGAAGAGCGUGGCCUGCCGGGCAAGGGCCCAAUCCCUCUCACAGAGUCCGACGUCCGCGGCAUGCUCCGAAGUUGGCAGCAACUGGGCUACAAUAUCGACGGAUUCGACCUGUACGAGCCAGCCGCCGAAACCGGUCCCUCGGAAUAUUCCCAAAGUAGGGGCGCUUGGCCGGACCCUGACGACAUGGCGCGGGAGCGGAAGGACGGUGGCUGGAGAGUCCUUCUCCCAGACUUGAACGCGUGGAAAAAGUACAUUGACGAGCUCACCGAGGCGAAGCUCCGCGCAUUGGGGGUGUCGUUUGGCAAUGACGAGCCUCCCCUCCCCUCCGUUUCUCCUGCAGCAUCUGCAGCAAGCAAACAAGCGCCAUUGGCGCAGUACCCCCCGCUACCCUUCUCCCCGCCGGUACCGACGCCUUCCACAUCCAGUAACCAGGGUGUUGCGGGGUUCCCCUUCCCUGCCCCGUUCGUUGCGUCAGCCUCCCAGAGCCCCGGCAUCCCGGCGGGCGCCUCGCCCGGGCCGUUCGGUGUUAGGUUCAACCCUCGCGCCUCGAUCUCGAUCCCGUCUCCGCAUGCCUGGUCUCCGCAGUUGAUGCUACAGCAGCAACAGCAACAACAAGGCCACCGUGUUGGAUCGCCUUCGCUUGCCAACCUCGGCGCCAUCAUGUCGCCCAGCUCGCCCUUCCCUCCUGACGGGAUGCCCGGUGCCGUGCCCGCAGGCCACCAGCGCCACCAGUCGCUGCAGUUCGCUGCGUUGCCUCCCCAGUUCCAGCCGCCGGUUCGAAUCUCGCCGCGCUUGCAGGAGCUUCGCGAGGUGGACGAAGAAGCGGAGGUAGAGACUCUACCGACUAAGCCCGAGCAUAGCGGCUUCAUUCGCCACAAUGCUAGUGGCAGCCUGCAAAGGGAGAUAGACGAGGCCGAGUAUCACUUGGAGGAACAGAUGCGGUCGCAGCUGGAGAAUGACCAAGACUAUAGCCCGGACAACGGCAACGACCAGGCUGGCAUGGGUCCAGCGGGCUCUCUCGACUCGGCGGGCGGAUCCCUGGUCCAGUUUGGUCCUCAGCCACCGCGGUUCGCGGGUGAUGCCGAUGGCCUGGUCCUGCAUCAUCCGCGGCCCCAUAGCCGCGGGCACUCGCUGUCCCAGAAAUAUUUCACGGAAGACGAUGCCUCCAAGCAAGGGGCCUUCAGGCCCACCUUGCAGCGAAUCAACGCUCAGCCGGCCGAGGAGGACGAGAUCGAGACGAACCCAAGCAAUCUGGGCACGCCCGUUCAGACUCUGGAUUUCUCCAACCUCAUGCAUCACCGUGGCUUCUCAACCGCCAGCAACCCCUGGACCGACGAGCCUGGCAACGCUGCAGGCGGUGUCCACCAAGCCCGGCCCAGCCAUGGCAGCAAAUCGUCCUUCUCGAAGUUGAACGUGGAGGCUCCCGAGUUCAAGUUCAACCCUGCGAGUACCUUCAAGCCCGGCGCCUUCGCAUUCACGGGCAACACCUUCCAGCCGCUGGCCUUCGGCAUGGGAUCGAACGCGGCUGAUCCGAGCCAGUCCGGCAUGCCAGCAAAUGCUUCUUCCAAGAUCAAUGCCACUGCGCCGGUCUUCUCCCCGGGCCAGAGCGAAUUCAGUUCCUCCACGUCCAGCCUGAAGUUCCGACCCGAUGCUCCUGCUUUCACUCCGCACUCGCUGCCCACUUCUGUCACAAGCCCUGUGAUGUCGGGCGGCGAGAGCGGUACUAGCAACCGGGGGGGCCCCAUCUUCGGCCACGUCGACCUCAGUGGCGCCGACGUCGUCAAGCCGGUCAAACAAUCCAAAGCCAUUCCCAUCGUUCCGCCAGAAAUGCGCGAUUCGCCCGCUAGCCGCGGUGCGCAGGAGGAUGCUGAUGGCCGUCCCCAGGUCGACGUGUCCCGGGUCAAGAGGGCCCGUGCGACUGCGGAGGAUGACGACGCCGUGCCGCUGUUCGCCGAGCCCGCGAAAGAGGACACGCCCUUACCCGGGUCUAAGUCGGACGCCACGGCGCAACAAGACGGCGUGCCGGCGGAGGAGAAGUCUUUUGACGAAUCGAAUCACGGCGCCGCGGACACAACGAUGUCGUCAACGAUUGUUUCCGAGACAACGGAUACCAAGGCAACAGCCAGCCCCUCGGAGGCUUCGCCGGUCCACGGCACCACGAACUGGGCGCCUUUCGAGUUCAAGAGCGCCGUUGACGUGCAGGCCUUCAACGAGGCCCGGCCGUUUGGCGACGACGCCUUCAGGCCUGCCCAUAAGAAGUCGCUGUCUGCGACUGCCCGGGCUUUCAUCCCCGGUGCACCAUGGACGGCUGACACGGCGGCAAUGGCUGCGGAUACUCCCGCAGAUGAACUCACUGAUCAACAUGCUACGCCAGCGGACGAUGUGGUGGACACAGCUGAGCAUGAAUCGACGGCUCCAGAGGAAGUAGUGAUGAAAUCUGUUGGCCAGUCGAUGGAGGAGGAACCACAUCCCCCUCCCGCUCCCGCAUCCCCUGAGCUGCCACCUGCUGUGGAUGGGCCUUCUACCUCUGAGGACGUUACGCCUUCGCCGCUGCCGCCGCCGCCAAAACGGUCUGGCCUCGCAGCCUCACGUUUCGCCGCUCCGCCUUCUCCUAUCAGUGACGACAAGAUGCCGAGCGUGGAGGCAGCUGUGUCACCCGUUGAAACCGAGGACCUGUCUAUGAUCUCGAAUCACGAUCAUGCGGGAGGUGACGAGCCUCUCGAACCAACCAUGGCUGACAUCGACGAAGUCAUGCGCCGGCUGCAUGAAAACCCGGAUAUGGGUGUCAACAGGACCUACCACGACCAGCCGGAGUGGCGCCAGACCAGUCCAACUCGCCGGUCGUCCGAGGCUGCUCCGCCGGAAUCGCCGUCGCGCCAGCCUGCGCCGAGCUACUCGCGAAGCGACGCUCCCAGUCCCAGCCAGGCCGAUUACCGCCGCCCGGCGUCCGUCGAGCUGGAGGAUCCCUUCACAGAUCCACCUCGCAGUGCCCAGCUUCCCCAGGGCGCGGUCCACCGUCUCAAUGGCAGCGACAGCUUGCCUGCUAGUGACUGGGAAGGUGUCUUUAGCGAAGACGAGCAAACGAAACUCGAGUCGCGGGUCGCCUUCUUCGACGGCCGCGUCAAUGAACUUGUUGGGAACCUCCUUGCUGCCCGGCUUAGCCCUCUGGAACGGACUCUGGACAGCAUCAACCAUGCGCUGCUAGGCGUCGCCAAGCGCACGCCAUCCAGCCGGCGGGGAAGACACAGCGUAUCGGCCGAGGUGGGCGAAAGCGACGCUGAUGACGAGGACGAUGAGUUGCCCGUUCCUAUGCGGUCCACGAGCCCGCGCCGGGACCGCAAGAUGGAGCUGAUCCGCGCUGCCGUGCUAGAUGCCUUUGCGAUGCAGCGUCGGAGCCAGCCAAGCGAAGCAUUUCCGCCUGCUGCUGCUGUGCCCGGUGACAGCGCUCUUGUCCUAAAAGCGCUAGAGGACGUAAAAGAGCAGUUCCGCCAGUCACUCCAGCCAGCCUUCCGCAGCGAGGAUCUCAAGAGCAUCGUGGAAGACGUUGUGGAGCGUCGCAUUCCCCCUCCACAGCCCGCCGCGGACAAGGACGAGCAGGUGAAUGCGCUCCGAGCGCGGGUCGCUGAGCUCGAACAACGGCUUCGUGCCGAGGAGGCCAAGGUCGAGGCCGAAGCCUCUGCCAGGCGUGCUGCCGAGAACCGUGCAGCGGAAGUUGAUCGCGAACUGCAGUCCGCCGCCACUAGGAUUGAGGUGGAAAUGAUGAACAAGAGCGCACAGAACCAGCGCAUUGCCGACCUCGAAGAUCGGGCUCAUCAUGCCGAGGGCAAAGCAGAAGAAGAAAUCAAGGGGAGGCGGACGGCCGAAGACCGGCUCUCCGAGGUCCAACGCCUGCUUCGGAUAUCGUCCGAAGAGGAGACGCGGCUGAGGGAGCUUGUCGAGGAGAAGGACCAGAAGAUCAGGGCUGUCGAAGCUGCGCAGAGCGAGGCAGUCAUGCGUCUCACCGUGCUGGAGGCGAGCCAGGCCAAUGCCCACCAGUCCCAGAGCGAAUCGCAAAACCGCAUCAACGCGCUCGAGGUCGAGGCGCGCGAGGCGCGCAAAGAGGCCCAGCACUGGCGAUCGGAGACGGAUCGCAUCGUAGCUAUCAUCCAUCGGCGCGACAAAGAUCUCUCUCAGGCGCUUGACGAAAACAAGGCCUUGCACAAGCUCAUCGACACCCUGGGCACGCAGUUGCAGGAGAACGAGCGAGUCCGCGACACGUGGCGUUCCAAGUUCCUCUCGAUGCAGGAAGAGAUGGCGCAGGCGGCCAAGCAGAUCACCGAGGAGAAUGCUCGCCGUACCAAGAAGGAGCAGACGCUGCUUGCUCGCCACGAGGUCCUCGAGGCCCGGCUGCAAGCCGAGGCGAGGACCCGUGAGCGUAUCGAGACGGAGCUUGAGAGGCUGGAGAUGGGCGAGCGCCAGGGCAUGAGAGCCGUCGCCGAGUGUAAGAGACUCGAGGGGGUCCUGGCCGAGAUGCGCACGGAGAACCACAAGCUGCACCAGAGCGCUCUGCGCUACCAGGCCGAGUUCCAGGAAGCCAGAGAGUCGGCGGCGCGCGAGGUGCAGCGCACGCGCGACGCGAUGCAGGCCGAGGUGGACAGCGCAAACCACCAGGUCAACGUUGUGCGCGAGGAGCUCGAGGACCAGAUCUCGAGGCUCAGGGCGCAGCUCGACCAGGUCAGGCUGGAUGCGGACACGGCCAAGGCCCGCCACGACAUGCUGCUGGAGGAGGCGCAGAACUCGAAGCACACCGAGCUCGAGGAGCUUGUGCGCAAGCAUCAGAACGAGGUCGAGGACCUGCAGGCGCGGUACGAGCGCCAGCUCAGCAACACGACCGAAGACGCCCAGCGGGCCGAGCAGAAUCUCCUGGAGCGCCUGAGCAUCUCCACCUCCAAGUCGGAGCAUCUGCAAGACAAGGUGGCGCAUCUGGAGGAGAAGUUGGAGAUCGCCCGGGAGGCCGCGCGGGCUGCCGCCCAUGCUGCGAAGUCCGUGGCCAGCGCGGACCCGGAGACGACCAUUGCUCAGCCGAAGCCCGCCGCUGCACGCCCGCUCGAGCUCCCCGAGAAGAUCUCGCCGCAAGCGUUGCGCGAGUCGAUCAUGGUGUUGCAGGAGCAGCUGCAGGAGCGCGAGCAGAGGAUCGAGGAGCUGGAACUGAAGCUCUCCAAGACGGAUCCCGAAGCAGAGGCCAAGAUCUCCAAGCGCGACGACGAGAUCACCUGGCUGCGCGAGCUUCUUGCCGUCAGGCACUCGGAUCUCCAGGACAUUAUCAGCGCUCUUGGCCGGGACGAUUACGACAAGAACGCCGUCAAGGACGCCGCCAUCCGGCUCAAGGCGAACCUACAGAUGGAGGAGCAAGAGCGCGAACGGGCCAUGAACGGCGGAUCGGCUAUCCGUCUGCCCAACAUCGCAGCAACGAUCCGCGACGCAGCAACGCCUCGCGUCGCCCAAGCGGUGGGUCCUCUGGCUGCAGCUUGGGGAAACUGGAGGAAGGCGCGCGACCUCGGCAGCGCCCUGUCGUCGCCGGCCCCGGCCAGCGGAAGGGACUCGACACCUUCGCGGACCGGCUCUUCGGCAAACAGCCUUCUUGGCGGCCUCUUGACACCGCCCGCCUCCGGCAUACGCCAGACCCCGACGUCCCAGGCCAAGCAGCCGACGGCCUUCUCCAGCACCGGUCGCCGAUUCACGGCCCGCGACCUCGCCAACAGGCCGAGGCCACCGCCUUCUGCUCCGGCUCCGGCUCCGGCUUCGGCUUCGGCCUCGGAUGAUAAUGACACAAAGGACAAGGCGCCGGAGAGGCAGGAGACCCCUCCGCCCCCCUCUCGGCGCCUGCUCGCCGGACCAGUCACGCCUCCGAUGAUGCGCGCGAGCGCGUAUGAUGACGAUGCCCAGGCGGAGGACUUCGAUGACGCCGGUUUCUUCGAGGAUUGA